CUCAGACUGUGGAAGGUAACAUUGCAGACACGCAGACUCCUCACGAGCAGAGCUCAAAUCUUCAUGAAUUCAAUGACAGGAGGAGGCCAGUCGAGUCAAAAUAGCCCAGUCACCUGCUAAGAAAACGCAUCAGUACAAAUGGACUGUUUCUUAAUUCUCCUGGUGAUGUGCGCCCUCUGUAAGUCGAGUCAGCUACUUGUGGCUGAAAGUUCUGAAGAUGACUAUCAGGAACAUCUGAACCAUUACGGGGAACAUCCGGCAACAAUCGCCAUGGCCCAGUACAAGUGCUUUCAGCGGAUGAUGAGAGGAGACAAUCACCGCAAAUCCCAAAUAAAGGGACCAAUGUGCAACAUGACAUGGGAUGGUUGGUUGUGCUGGGAUGAAACCGAAGCAGGACUCAUAACAGAGCAGAGCUGCCCUGACUAUUUUAAAGACUUUGACCCUUAUGCACUCGCAUCCAAAGUCUGCACGGAGACAGGCAAUUGGUGGCGCCACCCAGAGAGCAACCGGACGUGGACAAACUUUACCAAUUGCCAAGCCAACACAACACAUCAUGGCACAGUGGCAAUGACUCAUUUCUACCUGGUCAUGAUUGGUCACGGGCUGUCAUUGGUCUCAUUGCUCAUAUCACUGGGAAUAUUCUUCCAUUUUAAGAGUCUGAGCUGCCAGAGGAUCACGCUCCACAAGAACCUCUUUGUGUCAUUCGUCCUGAAUUCAGUCAUCACUGUUGUCUGGCUGACAAAGGUGGCCAAGAAACAAGGGCACACGUACAACGACUCGGCGAGCUGCAAGCUGCUCAUGUUCAUCCACCUCUACCUUCUGAGCUGCAACUACUUCUGGAUGCUGUGUGAGGGCAUCUACCUGCACACUCUGAUUGUGGUAGCCGUGUUUGCGGAGAAACAGCAUCUUAUGUGGUAUUAUCUGCUUGGCUGGGGUUUCCCACUGGUGCCGGCACUGUUGCAUUCCAUAGCACGCCACUGCUACUAUAAUGACAAGUGCUGGGUUAGCUCGGAUACAUCCCUACUGUACAUCAUCCAUGGGCCGAUUUGCGCGGCAUUGGUGGUGAACCUCUUUUUCCUUUUGAAUAUUGUGCGCGUUCUCAUCACUAAACUGAGAGUUACCCACCAGGCUGAGUCCAGCCUGUACAUGCGGGCAGUGAGGGCCACACUCAUCCUCAUUCCGCUGCUCGGCAUUCAGUUUGUGCUGCUGCCUUACAAGCCUCAGGACCACUGGGUCUCUGAGAUAUAUCUCUAUGUCAUGGAGAUCCUCAUGCACUAUCAGGGUCUCCUUGUGUCCACCAUAUUCUGCUUCUUUAAUGGGGAGGUUCAGAGCGUUCUGAGGAGACACUGGAAUCAGCAGCAGAUGCAGUUUGCCGGCACAUUUGCCAACGCCGACCUCUUCCGCUCGGCCUCCUAUGUGGCGUCAUCGCUCACCGAGGUCCACCGCUGCUACAGCAUCGAAAGUCACACCGAGCACACUAACGGAAAAACCUAUUCGGACAUAUUCCGAUCUGACAGCCCAUUUGUGUGACAAGGACUUUUUUUUCUCAGCAAGGCAUUCAGAUACCUGAAGAGGAUUCAAAGAAAUUAGAUUUUUUAUUUUUUUACAUAUUUUUCGUUGGGUGGACUGUUUUCUAUUCGCAAAAAAUUGGCUCUGAGAUGUCUUUCUCACAUCAAGGGGAUUUAACAAUAACACUUUAACAACAACAACAAUGUAUUUUCAGACAUUUUAAAGGUCCAAAGAAGCUGCUCAUCCUAGUGUCAGUUUUCAAAGAGACCAUCUGAUUUACAUUAUUCAUGAAAAUCUAGGGGUAUUCGGCCUUCGGGUGAAAUAUCAGUAUAAACCUAAAAUACACUACAACCUUUCCAGGUUCACUUAAUUUGAGUUUUGGCAUGAGUGUAUGUGUAUUAUGCUAAUUGUUCAAGAACGGGAAGUUGUGCGGAAUGCACAGUGAACUUUUACACGUCUUCUCAUGCAGUGCAUUUUAAGUUCAUCCUGAAAUUUACCCCGAAAUUCAAAUAUCCCUCACUUUUUGUGAGGACAUAUUUGUGAAGGGAUGUGGCGUUGUAGUCACAUUUUCCUUGUUGUUGACGUUUUCUUCUGCUUCCUCAUUUUUUUCGAGUGUGGCACAUUUUUUGUCAGUUUUAUUAUUAUUAUUUAUGAUACCUUCAAUGCUCAACAAUUACCAAGGUUCAUAUUUUUCUUAUUCCAAAAUGCUGGAGAAGAGAUAAUGAAAUAAUGAUGAUGGUAUUGUAUAUAACUGAAAACCUGUAUCUUUACUAUUUUUAAAGUCUGUUUUCAAAGUUGUUGUGAUGGCAAAAGUUUGAGGAGCUGCAGGUUUCAGCCUUCUAAAACACUAUCUGUUAGCCUCCACUGGAUCGCGAGUCUGAAAAUAAUUUUGAUAUUUGUUCAUUCAUCCUCAUGAGAGUAACGGGCGUGCCGGAGCCUGUUUCAUAUUUGUUAUUUUUCUUUCCCAACCAUUAUGAAAUAAAUAAAAGUCAUGGUGCCUCGCUUCUCGUGUAGGUAACAUUACUUUGUAUUGAACAUUUACAUUGUAUUGAUAUUGCUGCUGUAAAUAAAGACGGCUGUGGAAAAACUGCUGGUACUG